AUGUCGCUAAUACAAUAUUCCAAGGCAAACCUUCCAAACCUACGCCGGCUGUUUGUUGAAGCUCGAACAGAUGCAGAAGAGAGUGCAUAUUCGAGAAAUGCCUUUUACAAUAUCGUGCUAUUCAUGUCAUCGGUUGCUGUCGUCAGUCUGGUGGCUCAACGAAUGAACAAGACUGCUUGA